CAGACAUGGAUCUCUCAUUAGGACGUGUUCUUGUGCUUUGUGUCUUGGGUCACUGUCUUUGUCAGCCUCUCUCUCGGCCAAGCAACGGGCUUCUAGAGUGUCGAAAAACUGUGAACUCACCAGCCCUGGGAGUGUUGCCCGGUGGAGGCUGGGACAACCUACGGAACCUGGACAUGGGGCGAGUCAUGAACAUCAGUUACAGGCACUGUCACACCACUGAGGACGGGGUCUACCUCAUCCCGGACGAGGUGUUUGUCAUCCCCCAGAAGGUGAGUGGUGUGGAGACUAACUCUGAGAUCAUCUCUUCGUGGCAGAAGCAGCACAGCUCCACUGCUCUCUCCAUCAAUACAGAGGCAUCUUUCCUUUCUGUGCUGAAUGCAAAGUUCUCCAGAGACAACCAGCGCAUGAAAAUCCAUCAAGUCAUGGAAAGUUCAGUCACUUCUCGUAUACAAGUGCGCAAUCACCUCUACACAGUCAAGGCUUACCCUGACUUUGCUUUGGACUCUCGCUUUGCCCGCCAGGCAGAGGAAAUCGCAGAUGCAGUAGUAAACAACCAAACCCGCCAAGCCAUUUACCUGUCAGAGAGGCUGGUGCUGAGCUACGGCUCUCAUGUCAUAACAACCGUUGAAGCUGGUGCUUCGCUGGUGCAUGAGGACUACCUAAGAGCCUCUUAUGUUUCCAGCAGCAACACAGAAAAGUCAACAGUGUCUGCAUUAGCUGGUGCAAGCUUUUUCAGCAAACUUAAUAUUGAUGGCAAAUCCACAGGAGAGACUGUAGAAGCACGCAUGUAUGAGGGAAACAUCACAUAUUCUUUCACCCAGAGCCAUGGUGGGGCUUUGUUCUACCCAGGCAUUACGCUGCAAAAAUGGCAGGAAAGCACCGUUAACAAUCUGGUGGCUAUCGACCGGGCCGGGAUGCCGCUGCACUUCUUUCUAAACAGAGCAGCAUUUCCUCAUCUCCCAGAACCAACCGUGUUUAAGAUGGCAACGUUAGUGCGUCAGGCUGCCGAGCGCUAUUACAAAAUCAACAGCCGUCCAGGAUGUGUCAAGCCAGACUCAAAGAAUUUCAACUUCCAGGCCAAUAUAGAUGAUGGUUCUUGUGAUGGCUUGGCAACCAAUCUCAGUUUUGGAGGGGUUUACCAGCAGUGCUCUAAGCUCACACCAGAUGCAGAUCCGAUAUGUAACGACCAUGCACAGGCAAAUCCAGACACUGGAGAUUACUCAUGUCGAGAGUCAUUCAGGUCCAUUCUGUUGCAGUCAGAGGUGCAAGAGCAGGGUUACACUGAGUAUGAAUGCCAUAAAGAAAGUGUCCGAUGUUGGGUUAUUUCCACAUGUUCUAAGACAGUUUGUGGAAAUAGCUAUCAUGUCAGACGUGCUCGCAUUGACACUUUCUGGUGUUCCACUGUUAAUGACACCAUGGAGCUUUCAGGAUACCUCUUUGGGGGGCUAUAUAGCCUUUCCAGGCGGAACCCAUUAACGAAAUCCAUGAGUUGUCCUCCAAAUUUCUUCCCCCGGAAAUUGUUGGCGAGUGGGCUGAUGGUAUGUCUAAGUAAUGACUAUGAAGGAGGCAGUCAAUACUCUGUGUCUUUUGGAGGAUUUUUCAGCUGCAAAUCUGGCAACCCUCUGGCUGGUGGUCUCCAGCACUGCCCCCCACAGUUCAGCCAGCAUCUUGCAGCCAUCAGUGAUGGAUGCCAGGUUCUCUACUGCGUGCAGUCGGAUGUUUUCACAGCAGAAAAACUGCUGCCCAUCAAUUUACCUCCCUUCACAAGGCCUCCUCUGGUCAACAUGAUUGCCACCAACACUGUGGCUGUGAUGACAGAGGGAGGCAGGUCCUGGGUCAGAAUGGGAGAGACGAGGACAUGGAGACUGGCCAAGCCUGAGGACAUCAGAAGGCUCUCAGAGGAGCUGGACCCAUCUGCAAAGGUGCCCCCCUCCAGGUUGUCCACGAACAUAUUAGGGUGGCAGAUAUUCGGGGUCACUAUGGCAUGCAUCGUGCUCGCCUUAAUACUUAUAGUAAUAGUGCUGCUGGUGAGGAGAAGAAACAAACAACGAAGGACGCCUGAAUUACCGGAGAGCAGAGAGUGUCAACAAUUUAUCAACGAUGGUCAGAUUAGUGAUGGUGGGGAAGAUGACGUAGAGGUCUUCUCAGUGAGACUGUGAGGAGAGAGGGACACAAGGGAGGAAACAGUAGAGCAGGGUGUUAGGGACGCACGCAUUGUUAACAGAGCUGGUAGCGUGUGGCUGGGGAUUGUGAGUGGUUUUGUUUGCAGACAUGUGCUUCCUGUGCUUUUCAGCUGUUUUUUUUAAUUUUUUUUAUUCUGCUUGCAUGCUCAAAUCAGAUUUCCUCUCCUCUCACUGAGGUUGCAUGAAUUGCUGCGCAGUAUACUCACAAAUGACACGGUUGACCUAUAUUGUAAGCCUCCUAUUGUCAUGAUUUGAUUUUGCAUGUAACAAAAUGAUGUUGUUAUAUGAAUGAUGUACAUACAGUAUUUUCAAAUGCUGUAGACAUUCAAAGUGCUUUCUUUCAUGCCAUUUUAACGGAGAGGUUGAGUGUGGGGCAGGGGUGGGUGGUGGGAGGUGGAGUUGUUCAUUUUGAAUAGCCUUGUAUGACCUGGGAGGAAAAUACCAUUAUGGUUACUGUAUAUUUAUAUUAAGCAGCAGUGGCUGCACUUUUCCAGGGAA